AAAAAAAAAAAAAAAAAAAAAGAUGGCGGCACUUUAGAGACCACUAAUUCAUAUUAUUAACCUAUGUAAUUACGACAACUCACGACAACCUGAUGAAUCCGGCUUCUUUCUAUUGACCCACGCAAUAACGACAUUUUUUAAUCUCGAAACUCCUAAUGCACCUAUAAUCUUCCAACCACGUCGAUGCGGGCCUACGUCCCAAGCUGCCUCCUCUUUCUUUGAUUCGUAUUAUAAGCGAUCACAACCCGACAUACACAAGAACCAUGGCCGAUACGAUCGACUCCAUCGUUAAGGGCGCCCCUCAACCCGGGCAGGACAUCAAGUCCCCGCCGAUAGGCACGAGCCCUAUCGGUGUAGACAAGCCCGGCGAUCCUCUAAAGCACACGCCAAGCUCGCCCUCCAUGAUCUACCUCAACAUGCUGAUACUGGAAGCUUCCCUACGUUCCCAGUACCUCGAGCUUCGCGCCCGCCGGCGGAAACACACCUUCUUUCUGAGCCUGCUGUGCCUGUGGUUGGCGGGAUUUGGAUAUGCUCUAUUCUUCGCACCUCGGGAAGACGGCAGCGGUGUCGGCGGCUCCGUAUAUUGGGUUGUCGACAUGACGGAGAAAGUCUGCUUCAUAAGCGGUAUAGUUACAGGCAUACUAGUUUGGGCUACGGGCAUCUGGGAGCGUGGAAUUAGGUGGCCGCGUCGCUGGUUUAACAUAUGCAAUAGAGGCCUGCGCGGAUUCAACUGCAAAUUGGUCGUUAUCAAAAGGUCUUGGUGGGUCGAGCUCGUGUCACUUAUAGGCUUCUUCUUCACCUACGGCGCAUUCUCUAGCAGGGCUGGCCAGUAUCAUUUCGUCGAACCUUCGAUAUUACGCGAAGUUGAUCGAGAGCUGAACCUCAAUCGGCACGAGCACCCCCCGCUCCCGUUCGUGAGUGCGGACGAGGAGAGAGGCGGUCACGAAGAGGAUCUAUCGCCUGGAGGGGAUUAUGUCAAGCUUUUACUAUGGCCCAAGCCUUUCUCGCCAAACUUCCGGGAGAACUGGGAAAUUUACCGAAGCGAGUACUGGGAAAGGGAAAACGAGCGGAGAGCGUUAUUAAGAGCCAAAAUAAAGGCCCGGGAAAGGCAGCUGGCAAAGGAGCAAAAUGGUUGGCUCUGGUGGUUACUAGGAGGCCCGAAAGUAGAGGACAAGGUGCAUGCGCAUGGUUCAGGCGUAGAAGGAGAGAAAACGAUACAUCAUCGACAUGUCGGUCUAUCAAAAGAGAGCAAGCGUGCUAGGAGCGGCAGUUUUCGAAGAGCUAGUAACUCGGCCGGAUCAACGCGAAGUCCUACGCCGCCAGUAGAAUCGGAGGAAGUCAGCCGUAGUAGGAGAGGCAGCAUGACCUCGAUUACUUCUGAGAAGAGGCGAAAGAAGCACCUCUCAACAAGCUCCAGAUCGAAGAGGCCAGGCGUCGAGUCACGAUCCGUCACACCGGAAUUCACUUCGCCGCUCGCUAGGGAAAGCAGCAUUGGUACCAGCGAAGGUCUAUAGCGAUCAUCGAAAGGCCAGCCAUUAUAUUUGCUUGUUUUAGCGGUGCUGCUUUUUCUUUCUCGAAUAGUUUUAUAAUGGCUCUAGCAGCUUUAUAAUUUGCAUGAAUCCUGUCUACGUAGAUCUAAUGUGUUGAAGAUAGAAUAUGAGAACGAGCAACGGCCCCCCUAA